GUUUUUAACAAAACAAAUAACUUUGUCUUAGGAUAGUGUUAAAAGAGACUUCUCUACAUUAUUUUUUCACAAACUAAUAAGCUUAUAUAUUACAAACUUAAGAUUCAAGCAAAACAUUUUCCCCUUUUUUACUCCCCCACUUUUUUUGGGUUAACUUAUUAUCAUAUUAUGCUUCAAAAAAGCUCCUAAAUCUUGUGCAAAACCACUUAUUAUUUCCAUUCUUCUACCUUACUUAUUAAAAAGGGUUAUCGGAGAAUUGAAUACCUUCCUUCUUAGAACACACUAUUAUCAUCAAAAGAAAGAUAAAGCUUUAUAAGCUAGCUUAUACAUGUAUUCGUUUACUUAAUUUAUUGUUCGAUCCUUGUUGCGAAUUAAAAACUUCAUAAAGCUUAUUAAGCUGGGGAGCUCAUGAGAAGUAGAUAAAUCUAGAGAGGUUAACUUAUUAAUUUACACACGGAAGUAUGACUUGGUGCAACGAAGUCACCGACGUUCAAACGGUGGAGAAGAAUAACUCCCUUCCAUCAUCAACGUCGUCGAGGCCAAGCAAUGACAACCUUAACACUAAUAACGUUACUGCAAGAUCAGUUAAGUCUUGCCCUUCAUGCGGUCACCAGAUCAAAUGUCAACAACAGGCUAAGAUAAAUGACCUGCCGGGUUUACCAGCGGGAGUUAGAUUCGAUCCAACUGACCAAGAAAUAAUUCGGCAUUUAGAGGGCAAGGUGAGGCCGAAUGAUGAAUCGCCGUUUCAUGGAUUACAUCCUCUCAUUGAUGAGUUUAUACCAACGCUUGAAGGAGAAAAUGGGAUUUGUUACACCCACCCUGAAAAAUUACCAGGAGUAAAAAAUGACGGACAAGUCCGUCACUUCUUCCACCGACCUUCCAAAGCAUACACUACAGGUACUAGAAAGAGAAGGAAGGUCCACACCGAAGAGGAUGGCAGCGAGACAAGGUGGCAUAAAACAGGCAAGACCCGACCCGUCCUCAUCAACGGUAGAGUGAGAGGAUACAAAAAGAUCUUGGUGCUCUACACGAAUUACGGCAAGCAAAAGAAACCCCAAAAGACUAACUGGGUUAUGCAUCAAUAUCAUUUGGGUGUCGAUGAAGAAGAAAAAGAUGGGGAAUUAGUAGUUUCUAAAGUCUUUUACCAAACACAGCCAAGACAAUGUGGAUCCAUUUUGAAGCUAAAUGGGCGAAUAGCAAACCCGGGUCCAAGGAAUGAGACGGGUGACUAUUGCAGUCAUUCCUCCAUCAUUUCCUUUGAUCAGAGAAGCAAUAACAAUACCAAAGGAGCUGCUUCAACAGCUAUGUUCCCGUUUUGCUGUCCAUAAUAGCUUCUUAAUCAAUAAUCACCUAUCAAAUCUUCUGUACAUAAAAAAGAACAUAAACAGGCAACAAUUCUUUUUCAACAGAAGAUGACCAGAGACUAAUAAAACUAGCCACUGAUUUUCCCUAAUUCUGUUCAUCAGUGGUAUUACUGGUAUAUAAGUUUAUAAGGAAGUGUACAUAGGUGCUGUAAUAAGAUCUAAUAUGACCCAACACAUUUAUUUUAAAAUAGCAUCAAACUGAAUGUAAUAAAGGUACAAUUCUAACUAUCAUAUUUAUGUUUAAAUUGCCAGAUUCUCAUUUUUUACUAG